AUGGACAAUGUGUGUAGACCACUGACGUUUAGUGCCAUGCAGCGUCAUGCCCCCGAGGCCAUACUGAAGGACAUAGAAACUAAGGACUUUGGUCCAAGCAACACUAUUUGGGAAUUAAUGGAUGAAAUGACCAGACCUACGGACACCCAGACCAGAUCAACGGACACCAAGACCAGAUCAACGGACACCCAGACCAGAACUACGGACACCCAGACCAGAUCUACGGACAUCCAGACCAGACUUACGGACACUCAGACCAGACCUACGGACACUCAGACCAGACCUACGGACACCCAGACCAGACCUACAGACACCGAGACCAGACCUACUGACACUCAGACCAGACCAACGGACACUCAGACCAGACCUACGGACACCCAGACCAGACCUACAGACACCGAGACCAGACCUACUGACACCCAGACCAAACCAACAGACACCUAG